AUGCCUUGGUCCCUUGGAAAGUCCCUAGGCCUGAUUGGUCGCGGGCAAGAACCACUCUCCUUCUCUCUUACCGGAAGCCCUACUCUUUGCGCGAACACCCCUUACAUCUCGGAUCUCAACGCCUCGAGGCUUCUCUCCACACCGGAUCGUACCGAAGCAGAUGCCCUCUGGACUUACCACACGGAACGAGAUUAUGAACCUGAAGACAGCUUCAAAGAGCACGCCGUGUUGUGCCUUCCGUGUUGCCAUCAUACCGAAGACAACCAGCCGGGUAUGGACGAUACUCCUCUGGAUAGAAAGGCCCGUAAUGCUCUCGACGAGUAUUCCAACUCUUUCGAUGAAUAUCGUCUGCUCAAACGGAGGUUAUCUACGUUAACGCACUCGCCACGGAGCGAGAAAGCUGCAUAAUCGUCACAAUGUCGUGCAAUCAGCUACGAUGCAUGCCGUUUCUGGAAGCAAAUCAACCUCGC